GAUAAAUAAAUAUUAAAUGAUAAAUAAAUGUUCAUUAAAAAACUGUAUGAAUUGCUGAAUUUUCUGUUCAUGAUACCAAAAAAAGAGAAUUAUAGUUUUAUGACUCUGAGUUGAGCCUAAAUUUAACGAAGAGAAAACGGCUUUUGGUAAUUGUAGAAGAUAAAGAAUGGAGGGAUGCAUGUGGUAGCUAAAUAUAUCUGAAGGGUGGUUUGGUAAUUUGGGAAAAACCAAACGAAACGAAACAAAAGCGUUAGAAUUUUGUAUAAAAAAAAAAGCGUUAGAAUAAAAAGGUUGGGAGAGGAGACUUGAAUGUGAACCAAUCACGACUCUUUCUUCUUUUAUUCCCACAAAAAUGGUUGGCCACAUUAUAUCACGCGCCACCGCCGCAUUCGCCAUCCUUUCUCUUCUCCUCUCCGCCGUCGUCUCCGCCGAGGCCACGUGUAGCAAGAAAUGUAUUGCAGAACAAUGCGACACGAUCGGAAUCAAAUACGGCAAGUAUUGCGGGGUGGGUUAUUCAGGUUGCCCUGGCCAGAAACCAUGUGAUGAUCUUGAUGCUUGUUGCAUGGCUCAUGAUGACUGUGUUGGCAAAUUCGGAAUGACUCAUGUGAAAUGCCAUCAGAAGUUAAAGACUUGCCUAACCAAGGUACAGAAAUCUGGCAAGGUUGGAUUUUCCAAGGAGUGUCCCUACGGUACAGCUGCGCCUACUAUGAUAAGAGGCAUGGACUUGGCCAUCUUGCUCAGCCAAUUAGGUGACAAUGUUCAUCAUGAUCUAUAAUAUUAAGUCUAACCCCCUUAUUAUAGUCCAUCCGCAUUAACAAAUUUCUCUUGAUUCGGGAAAAUUGAUCUUAUGAUCCUGUUGA